AGAAACGAUCACAACUGAAUUAAAACAGCUGUUUACUAAUAAUAAACAAAUUCCUGUUGCCAUGGUGAGAAGCAAGUACCAUGAGGAGUUUGGUCGACAYCUAAACAUGGCUAACACUGGAUUUCCUUCGUUAGAAACUAUGGUCAUUUCUGUGAUACCAGGUGCUAAGAUUCUCGAUGUGAAAGGAGAAAGAACAGUCUGUUUUCCAUCAAAAGAUCAGUCUGUGCAAGAUUUGGUUGAGCUAGUGAGCCAACAAGAUGGAGGGUUUGUAUCUCUAAAGCGUCUUCCAGUGCUUUACCGCAAGCAUUUCAACAAGAAAUUACCUUUUWCAAUAAACAAGCUACAAGACCUUGUGGCGACUACCAAUAAAGAACUACAAAUUCUAGGUGCUGAUAAUGACCAAAUCUUAUGUUACACCAACACUUCUAGUCAAGACCACCAAAGUCAUGACUUUAAGAAGUUAGCAAGCGACAUACACAAUAUGUUAAUCAAAUUUCCUGGCUGUCGUAUGUCCCGUGCUGCACUCUCUGCUAUAUACCAUCGUCAGAGGGGUAUAGGUACAAUGGCAAGCCGAUGGCCAGGGUUAUCAACGCUGGAURCCCUUCUAGAGGCUAUGUSUGACAGUAUUGAGGUUACAGGUACUGGUGACUUCGCCUCCGUCUGUCUCAAGCAUGAUCACGUGGUACGAUGCCUUGCUCGUGAUGUCAUAACAAUUCUGACGUCAUAUAUCGGUAAAACUGUCCAAGUCAACAAUAUCCCGAAGUUGUAUGAGAAGACCUUUGGGCGCUCUUUAUCUACACAUCACUAUGGCUUUGUGAAUGUCCAUGACAUGAUGGAAGCUAUGUGUUCUGUGGUCAGGGUCAUUGGCGAAAAGAAAAACCGCGUCUGUCUCUCUCCGCUGCAGUUGUUUGCCAUUGAAACCAAACAGCUGCUAACACAUGCAGGAGGAUGUGUUUCWCUMAAUCGAUUCGCACCAUGUUAUCAGCAGUAUUACAACAAACCCUGCAAGGCGUCUGACUAUGGUUUUUCACGAUUGUCUGAAGUUCUUGCUGCUGUACCCAAUGUAGCUGAAGUCAGAGGCAAGGGUGUGGAAAAAAUGGUCAUUUUCRUUGCUGAMGGGGAUGUCUUGCUGGAGUUUAUAGGUUUAAAACAAAACCCUGCUCCCAAAGCCACUGACCAGAGCGAGAACAGCAGAGAAAGUCCUCCAAUCAUUUAUGAAGGAUCAGAUACUGAGUCUGUCAUUGUUGAAGAAGAAUUAGAUGACCCUCAGGAAAUAUCWGCUGCCAAUGUUGAGCCGACAGACUUAAUAGUUCUAAGUGGAAAUGAAGAGUCACCAAUCGUUAACCGUCCUCCAAGUGACUGGAUGAUGGCUCCUGUYCCAAAAACUCUACCAGAACCAGGACUCUACCCAGAGCAGGAUCAACGUCCUUCAAAUCCACAGGAGCCCCAAGAUAGUGSUGACCUGAUAUCGUUUAAAGAGUUUGACGUAUCACUGGCUGGUCUAAAAGAUUCUUURCAGAAGCAAUGUCAGGAUGGUGAGUUUACAAGCGAGGAUAURGAAGUGUUAAUGGUUAACMGAAGAGAACAAGAAGAUCUGUCAAUMAACUGUUCAGCGUGCAUUGGAAGGGAUGCACAGUGUGGUCUUCCUUCUAAGUCAAUUUUCAAGUCACCAACAGACCAUCUACUGCCUGUCAGUCCWGGGAUGCACGAUCUAUCAGACGUGGAGGCAGAAAUUCUUAAUGUCAGGAARAAAAAUGGGAAAAGUAAUUCAGGCCGCAAAAUUUCAUCUAAAAAACCAAAGCCUACUCUUGCUCCAUUYAUCUUCAAAGAAACAACUCCAAGCAAAAAAGGAACAACRCCAGUCAARCUAGCUGUCARRUUCUCUAAGACGCCCUAGAGUUKCCAUGACAACAAGGACUGUUUCCAUGGURUUUCGACCACCGUGGUAACCAGGAGAAGUUUUUGUGAUAACUUCAAGUUGUGGUAACCAUGGCAAGUUCGUACACGCGAUAACCAUAGUAACAUAUCCUUGACAACCUUUGUGGUAUUCAUGGUAACGUUGUAUCCUUGGUAACCUUGUGUUUGUUGAAAUCUUGGAAACAUCGUGUUUGAGGCUGUUCUUUUGGUAAAAUAUUAGCAAUUUUCAAUACUGUUUUGUUAGAUGCAUUAGAAGCGUCUAUUGUGAACUAGUUUUGUUUUUGAUGUCUGACAAWUGAAAGACAUUUAAACUAUAGGUUUGGAAAAAAUCUUUAUUAUACUUUCUUUAUUGUAAACAACCAAACUUUCAACGGUUUGAAUGUUGCGUCUUUACGAAAUUCUUUGAUAUCUCUUAAUUAUUAAUUAGUAAGCAAAUUAACAUAUUAAUUACAAGAUUUAAAUUAUUCAUUUAUGAUGUCUAGUUAMAAGAGUGCACUUUUCUUGAGUCGUAAUAGGAAAACUUUAGGUAAGGAUUUGAAAGCAAUCCGAUUAGCGAGUUUAGACGUUAAUGAGUCGCUCUCAAUUAKCGAAAUUCUCGUCCAUAGCAUGCACGUUACAUAUAAAGUGCGACUUUAAAGCUAGGCCUAGGUGAAUUAGUCAAGACUUCUAUAGCAUAAAUUAAUAUAUUUAUAAAAGAGAUUAAGUUAUAUAAGAGUGAAAUAGAGUUGUUCUCAUAUACCCAUGAAACAAAAUAUACUAAUUUACAGUAACAGUAGUCAGUGAAUAGUGCACAUUGUAUUUCACGGGUUUAUGGUCGUAUAAAUGUGUGUUUGAACAACAUCUAAUGUGACCUCACCUUCAUUUMGCUAUUUCGGAAAGGACAUAAAAAGAACUGCCUCAAGUCUGCAUAAGUUCUUCUCAAGUUCAGGAUCCUAGUGACACUGAUCUCGUAGUGUGUAAUUUCUUUGUCCUUUCCUUAGGUCGUCAGACCUUUAUGCCAUCGGUAAAAAUAACGUUAACAGUGGUAUAACAUGGAUAUAAUGUUCGGUGCGGUGGUUUAUCGUUUGUACUAGUACUAUACAUGUCAAAAUAUCGCCCCAUGUAAGAGAAUCCAGAGAACUAGAGCAUUCCGGAUUCCCAAACAUUGGAUUCUAGAUUCCAAGACUUGAGAUUCUGGAUUCCAAAGAAUGUGUGUUUUGGAUUUCAAAAUUUUGCUACUUUUUACUGGAUUCUGGAUUCUCUUAUAUGGGGCGAAAAAUACAUAAUAUUUAAARUAUUUCCCUUUAAGACUACUUUUGAUUCGUCUUUGAAAUAAAAUUCCUCCGGAUAGAGGUAAAACUAUAGUUGAUUGUGGUCUGAAAUGGGAAAGCAAUAAUGUAAGUUAUAAAAUUCAGUUUUGUUGUUUAUGUUGUUUUUUUUAACCCGUGAAACAAAAUGCUAGUUUUUUUUCUAAGUUAUAGACAUGGGAUUAUGAAAACAACCCUAMAAUUAAAUAGUAUUAGAUAUUUAUCGUGUUAUUGCCCUGAGAAAGGCGAGUUUUUGGUUGAUACCAAGUCAGCAAAAAAAAAUUCAUGUUCAUGUUUUUCAAACAUCCGAUGAUUGGCAUGGUGCGCAGUUGUUAGAUUUUCUAACUAGAGGUUGUUGAAAUUUCAGCUUUCAAUUUCUGUGUUUAUAAAGAUUGUCUAGAUUAAAUUUGCAAUAAAAUCGAGUAUAUGUUUC